UGCGCGUGCGCCGGGCCUGUGUCCGCGCGGGAGCGCUGUGGGGGAGCAGGAGCAGGAGCAGGAGCGGCAGCAGCGGAGGUGGCGGCAGCGCGGGGCCAGCCCAGCGCAACCGGGCCCUGAGCACACGAGUGGACCGUGUCCGCCGCUCCGCGCACCAAGAUUUCUCAUGAACCUGUGAGAACACCAGGGACUAUACACUCCACCUUUAGUCUCUUCCUCAAAAAGUUCCUAGAGCUGGAUCCUCUGACCAGGGCCUAUGUAUCUGCAUCGAUUCCAGAGUUUGUGCUAUCGGAGGUGGCAUCUCCAGCAAAGUGCAGUUUGAAAUACCACACCCUGUAGGAGUGGGAAAUUGUUGAAGAUACCUGCAGUGGACUUGCACAGAGACCACAGACAAAUUUCCUGCUCUAGGUUUUCCAGAUAAUGGCGAAGAUGGUGAAAAGAACGUGCGCGUUUUGUCCAGACGGGGAGUCUGGUUCUGUGAUGUACAUUGCCAAAGACAGAAGUAUUGCAGCACAUCAGAAUUGUCUGUUAUUUUCCUCAGGAUUUGUGGAAUCUGAAGAGUAUAACCCAGAAAAUCUGGAUAUAAGGUUUGAUGUGGCAUCAGUAUUGAAAGAACUCAAGAGAGGAAAGCGGCUGGUGUGCAACUUCUGUCGCAAGAAGGGAGCCACGGUGGGAUGUGAAGAAAGAGCCUGCCGCAGAAGUUACCACUACUUCUGUGCACUCUGUGAUGAUGCAGCAAUAGAAACAGAUCAAGCAAAAGGAAUCUACCGAGUGUUCUGCCCAAAACACGACCCAGGCAAUAGGACCAAUAACUAUGGCGCAGCUGGUAAGAGAAGACGACACACACUGAAUUCUGCCACCAUCACAAAACAAAUGGUCACAGAAGAGACAGCAGAAGAAAGCAGUUUGCGAAUACUGAAAAGAAAAAAUGACAGGCAUCAAGUCCAGAUAGAUUUUGUUAGGAAAUGCAAGCAAGCUGGGCUACUGGAUGACAUCUUUGAGGAAAUGCUGGAUACCCUCCACCUGGCGCAGGAAAAACUGAUGGAUGACAACACUUCAGAAACAGAGUACGAGGAGACGGUGAUGGCGCUCUUUGAUUGUGGACUGUUUGAAAAUAUACUGACCAAUAUUCACUCAGCUCAUCUCUUCAUGAGACGACCAAACAUACAGGGUGUUACACUAAAGACUUCUCAGCAGAAAGGAACAGAGUUAAAAGUCCAGGAACUUCUGGAAAGCAGAAAAAGACUGGAUAACAAGAUUGAGCUACUGCAGGACUUAAACGAGGUCGUCCUUCCUCCCCCAGAGAGCACUGCUAGUACAUCUAGUACAGUGUCUGAAUAACCCUGACUGUAUUGGUGUCAAUAUUUUCUAAUGAUAGAAACCUUACAGUACAUCUGGUUGAUGUCUUUAGUAAUUCCUCUUCCCCCCUGCCAACAUAAGGACUCAAGCAAGAACUGGGUGCUCUACUCUUUUUUUUAUACCUCACAGUUGCAGUAAUUUAAAGUUGUCCCUUAAAAUUCAAUCAUGGAUCAGUGUGAUACAGCAAUUUUGGCUUUUGUUUUUAAAGCUCAUCAAGACUUUUUAUUCUCAAAGACAAGAGAGCAGCAGCUGCCACGCCAGGCUUGCUAAGGUCAGUUAACUGGGAGCACUUUGCGGGCUCUGUGGUAGCUGCUUCACUGUCUGCAUCUAGACAGUGAUGUUUUAAGGACCACAGUGCUGCUUUGGCUUUCUAAAGAAGACAAAUUAGCAGGACUUGCACUUAAUUCAGAAAGCUUCUGAACUAUGAACAGGAAUUACUUUUUUUGUUGUUGCUUCUUGAGUGACUGCUUCAUGUGUAACUAGUUCUGCUGGAAGGGCAAGGAUGAAACAGUGCUUGCAGGCAGACUAGCAAUGGUCAAGCAUCAUACGCUAAACAAGGUGUAAACUGGAUCAGUGGACUGUGUCUUCCCUUCUCCAUUAAGAAGUGAUAUCACUCCCAUGUGUUUUGUCUUAGAAAACAUGUUUGAAUACAAAAGAAGCACUGCUUAGCUAUGAAAGGGUAAGUUAAUGAAAUACAAGUCUUUCUUAAAAA